AUGGAAGAAGUGAGAGUGGUGAUUGUUGGUGCUGGCCCUUCUGGCUUGGCUACCUCAGCUUACCUAAAUCAUCUCUCAAUUCCGAACAUUGUUUUAGAGAAAGAAGAUUGCUAUGCUUCUCUUUGGAAGAAGAGAGCUUAUGAUCGUUUAUGCCUUCACUUAGCUAAAGACUUUUGCUCUCUUCCCUUGAUGUCUCACUCCUCCUCCACCCCGACCUUCAUGUCCCGAGCCACCUUUGUCCAGUAUCUCGACGAAUACGUUUCCAAGUUCAACGUAAAGCCUCGCUAUCGUAGGAGUGUGGAGAGGGCAUGGUUAGAGGAGGAUGGGGAGAAGAACUGGAGGGUGGAGGCGAGGAACAUCGAGACGGGGGAGAUGGAGGUUUACGCGGCGGAGUUCUUGGUGGUUGCGAGCGGAGAGAACAGCGUCGGGCACGUGCCGGAGGUGACUGGGUUGAACACCUUCGGCGGAGAGAUUGUUCAUUCAAGUAACUAUAAGAGUGGACAAGCAUUUGAAGGGAAAGAUGUUUUAGUGGUUGGAUGUGGAAAUUCUGGCAUGGAAAUUGCUUAUGACCUCUCUAAUUAUGGAGCUCAGCCUUCAAUUGUUAUUAGAAGCCCUUUGCACGUGCUGAACAGAGAAAUGGUGUAUGUGGGAAUGGUUAUGAUGAAGUAUAUGCCGAUGUAUGUUGUGGAUGCACUUCUCACAGCCCUCUCUAAGCUCAAAUUUGGCGACAUGUCGGCUUAUGGGAUUUGUCGCCCCAAGUUGGGUCCUAUGGAGCUCAAAUACGCCGCCGGGAAGACGCCCGUCAUUGAUGUCGGAACUAUUUCCAAGAUCCGAGCUGGUCAAAUUAAGGUUGUUCCACAGAUAUCAAACAUUGAUGGGGAAACAAUUGAGUUUGAAAAUGGAGUGAGGAAGAAAUUUGAUGCCAUUGUCUUUGCCACUGGCUAUAAAAGCUCUGCUAACAACUGGCUGCAGGAUUAUGAAUUGGUGCUAAAUGAAAGGGGAAUGCCAAGAAAUGGAAUCCCAAAGCAUUGGAAGGGAGAGAAGAAGGUUUAUUGUGUUGGAUUGUCAAGGCAAGGGUUGGCUGGAGUUUCUGCUGAUGCAAAGGCUGUAGCACAAGACAUUAGCAACAUUAUAUCUAACAAAUUCAAAUAA